AUGCUCGCUCCAGUCCUGACGAAAGAGGAAGUCUUAAAGCAGGCAAACCACUGGCUUCAAGAGCACGAACGACGGUGUGGACUGGAAGAAGACUACCGGCGUGAAUGCGAAAUCGUUUAUCGCAGAAGUGCCAGCUGUCGCGAAGACGGUCAUGAAGCACACAUGCAACGGAUGAGGUUUGGUUCUCGGGAAGUUAAUCAAGAAAAUGUGUCUUUCGAAUCGAUAAAAGUCUUUUUUUUUCCAAUUUUUUUGUAAUAAUUUGGCGAAAUUCGACUAGCUUGGAAAAAUUUCUGUUCAGCGCAAAAUGAGUAAAUGGCUUAGAUGUUGCUGAUGAUUUUUCCUGAAGAUCAUUACUAUACUGUCAGAUACUUCUUUCUUAGUUUUCAUACUUUUCUUUCCAGAGACGCCGUGGAAAAACUUGUUGCGGGCUUCGAGCACUUGAAUCAGCUCGCCAAAGGCGACUACCACUUCCGUUAGUUUUAGUUUAUGCUCGAGAUAGCAGUAGUGAGAAUAUAUCUAAUCCAUCAAUUUGCAGCACACUCGAUAGCGCCGACCGUCUGUUGCUGGGAGUACCGACUGGAGACUUUGCGGGAACGAAACGGCGUCUAUUUCAACGAACGACUUAUUCCACAUGCCAGCGGUUAUCCUCUCUCUGGAAAACCAGGAAAACGAGCGAGAAUUUCAGCCGAGAGUUUUUUGAUGGGACUUCGUUUAGUGCCGGGUUGCGACCGUCCUGAGCUUUUCCAGAAAAUCCAACAGUCUGUCGAUGACGCGUACGUUAGAGCAUUCACUUGUAUUAAUAAUAGACAGGAUGAUUCCAGAUUGGCGGAAACAGGAAGUGUUUUCGACCUUUCACCUCCUCCUAUCGACAUCUUUACGCCGAGAGCAACGGAUCGAUUCAAUGUUGCAAACUUUCUCAAGUUCGUUCAAUCAGAAAGAAGACUUAAAAGAAAAACGUUCAGUGCGGUGCACACAAAAGAGAUGGAGGACGACGGACAUCAGUAUAUCGGCCCUUGUCGCAGUUGUCCACUGCUUCUUCUUGCCGACCCCUACCUCACCCAGCUCCAGUACGACUUCUCCGCUCUUCACUACAGUCUGUCUGCCUCCUCUCGUUACGAUCUCGAGCCCUUUUUGCAGAAAACUACGUCUGGAACGUGAUGCGUGCUUUGCAGCCGCGCCGCUCCUGGCAACUCUGGAUCGACAUUUGGGCGCUACUUUUCCCGAGCCGCGACAGACCGCGUAAUUUCCGCUCCAUCAGGGCUUGA